AUGAAAACACAUUUUGCUUUAACCGCAACUUUUCUUCUGGUGUUCGAUAUCGUCAAAUGUACUAAGACUGAAAAUUUCAACCAUGAAAUCUCAACUGUGUCUACAAUAUACAAAAAACAGACAUCUUACAUCGACUUGUUGAUAGAUGACCUACUAGAUCAAAAAUGGGAUGAAAGCGAAAAAUCGUGUUAUGAUCAAACUUUAACAAUUCUGACAAAUGUUAGGAACUCUACGCUUUGGGCCACGUGGAUUUGGGAUAGUAUCCAGUUUCCCACUGGCCAGUUCUAUGGAUCUCAGAAUCAUUUGGGUAACUUUGAUCAGUGUCUGCGUAAAGAGUGGUCAAACGAUAAUCUGAUUUUCACACAGUACUGUCUUGUUGAUAUCACAUUGGCUGAUACUGAAGUUAACAGAAAAAUUACCGACUUAAAUCCAUAUGAUAAAGCUGAAAGAUAUUUCCACAUCAAAACUGAUUAUAACUUGAGAUUUAAUAUUCUGUCCUGGGGCGUGUGCGUACCACAAGUCUGUCAAACGCAGUCAGUUGACAGAUUCGUCCGCAUGUUACUAAGGAUCAGUCACUUGGGAACAAUCAAUCCCAAUCCUAAAGUUUCAGUUGGAAAUUGCCAAGUUACCCGAACUCCUCCAGCGAAUAGAACAGAACUGCAACUACUCAUGCUGGGUGCAGUUGUGCUGACGGUUAUUGCAUGUGCAUUUACGUAUUUUACAACGAAGCAUCGAGUAUCAAAAUGCAACCGUAUAGUAAUGAAGGUUGUCAGCGCAUUCGACCUCAACAGCAGUGCAGCAGACCUCGUUUCCAGGGGAAAAGAUGAAAUAAAAGUGAUGCAUGGUAUCCGUUUUUUAACGGCUUGUAUCAUGGUCAUACUUCACGUGAUGUAUAUUAAUAUCAUGGCCAGAGCUGGGAAUGGCUUAGACAUGGAUGACGAUUUCAAACGGUACGCAGGCUUCCUAUCACACGCCAGCGUGAUGGUAGAUACUUAUUUCAUGAUGUCUGGACUUCUUCUGAUGAAGAGCUUUAAACCGGAGACACGGAGAUUGAUAAACCCAUUUAAAACGUUGGUGAAACGAUAUUUCAGGCUAAUAUGGGUCUUUAUUGUCAUAAUCUUAAUAACCACCACCGCCUCACCUUACUUUUACGGCGGUCCAUUAUGGUUUAAGUACGCAAAAGUAGAGCACGACGUAUGCAAGAAAAAUUGGUUGGUGGGUCUACUAAUGUUGGGCAACUAUAUCGACUCUUCAAAUAUUUGUAUGGAGGUAACGUGGUACGUACCGGCCGAUUUUCACUUGGCUUCAGUCAGUACAAUUAUGUAUUGGCUGUAUCAGAAAAACCGUCGCGGUGGUCUGUACUUCUUUGGACUUGUUACAAUAGUUUCAUUAAUACUGCCUGGUCUCAACGUGUACUUAAAUCAGCUAAGUGCUAUAACCGUCUUUGAUUUUGAGACAAUUGAAGAUAAUCGUAAACACAUAUUGGGCUCACCGAUGUAUGUACAGAGUCACUUGCGAGCAGUUCCUUACUUCGUAGGUCUGAUAGCAGGUUACAUUCUCUCCGUGUAUAAACCAACCAGCUACAGAAAUGUACUAUCAUUGAAAUAUUCAAUCCUUAGUUUCAUCACAAUUAUUGCGCUCUCUGCAACAAUACUGGUCAUGGGGCCAGCUUAUCAGUUCCGCGAAUAUAAUGUCAUAGAAUCUUCUUUAUUUGCCGCAUUAAAUAGACCCAUUUGGGCUGGUCUUAUUGCAGCGAUUAUAUUACUGUGCGAAUACGGAACUUUACCUCACAUCACUGACUUCUUAAGCUGGUCGGCAUUCGUGCCUCUAAGUAAGCUCUCCUACGGGGUCUACAUGUGCCAUUUCUUUUUCGUUAUGAGACUAACACUAGGUUUGCGUAGUCCGGCAUGGUAUGACUUAUUCAAAAUUGUGCAAGAUGCAAUGGGCAUUCUUGUGAUAACUUAUCUGCUGAGUUUGUACAUAACGUUGUUCAUCGAGUCCCCGUUAAACAAUUUAGUGGCUCUAGUACUAAAUACUAAGCCAUCUAAACCGAAACAAAUUAAUACUGACAAAAGCAACACGACGACUAUUAAAAGUGAUUCAUUAAAAGAAAAUGGUGUUAUCAAAGUGGCUCCUGUAGAGGAAACUGGAUUUGUGUCACUAAAAAAUAGAUUGGUGAACGUAAAUGCUGCUUCACAUUUGCGUGGUGUAAACAACAGUGGAUAUAACGCAGAAAAAUGUGAAGGAUCCAAUAAAAAUGGAGUUGAAGCACAAAAUGUUUCUACAAAAGAAGAAGUAUGGAGAAAGGACUCGUAG